AUGGGAGCGGGUGCCUCCCUUUCCAUCUGUCAAUCAUUCUCUUCUAUACAAGUUAGGCACACAACAAAUAAAGUUUCACCAGAGCUACAGUUCAGCAGAGAAGGAAGCACAUUUGGUGUUCCUCUGGAAACCCUUGUAGAGGAUGCAAAGCAAUGUGGGGUUCCUUCUCUUGUGACACAGAUGGUGGAGUACCUGGAGGUAUUUGGUCUGGAGCGUGUCGGUAUAUUUCGGGUUGGUGGCUCAGCAAAUAAAAUCAAGGAAUUGAGGCAGAAGUACAAUCAAGGGGAAAAAGUAGACCUUAUUAAUGAUGGAGAUGUUGAUUCUGUGGCCAGUCUCCUGAAGCUCUUUCUGAAAGAACUACCAGUGGCUGUUUUUCCAGACAAUAUUUGUUCUGGCUUACUAAAAACUUUCCAAGAGCACAAAAUCAACACAACAGAAUGCAUAGAGAACCUGAGACAGUUGCUCAGCUGCCUGCCCAAAGCCCACCAAAACCUUCUUCAGUUCCUGUCUGCUUUCCUGUUAAAGGUGGCAACCUACAGUGCAGUGAAUUUCAUGACUCUGGAAAACCUGGCCAUCGUGUUUGGACCUGCUCUGUUCAAGAUUCCUGUCAGUCCCUUGGCUUGUGAAGAACAAAGGCUUUACAAUGGCCUCCUGCUGUAUUUGCUCCAACACCAGGAGAUGCUUUUUGUUGACCUGGACCCUUGCUUCUCACAGAGACAAGAAGAUGGCCUUCAGGCAAGCAACGUAGAAGAUGCAGGAGGGGACGAACUCACAUUGCUAAGCAUUCAGGAUAAGUCCUUCAACACGACAGCUUUAGCAGAGUGUGACGGGUAUUCAGACUCUGUGCAUGAAGAUCAAGCAGGCAGCUCCAGUCCCAGAGACGAUGAUAACAAAGAAAAUUACCCGGACAACUCUGCUGUCUUAGAGGAAAGGCAGCUGCCUUUGCAAGACACCCAGCAGCACAAGCAGCAGGUUUUAACUGACUGUGCUCUAAGGCCUGAAAUGGGCAACUUAAAGCUGAGGAAACCUAAGCCCAUUGCAAAGCUAGAAAAUGGAAAAAGCCAUGAGGAAAGUCAGGAGCUGGAGUGUGCAUUGCCAGGCCUCUCAGAGUGGCAGGGGAAGGCUGGAUGCUCAGCUAAUAACUAUGCACAGAACGUGGCUUUGAAAUGCCAGGAAGCAGUGGUGAGAUUCCAGCCAAGAAUAGAUCAGAGCACAAGCAUUUCACCUAAAGAAGCAACUGAUCAAUUUAACAGCUUAAAUGAGAAUUCUUUGUUGAAGCUGCAAGCCCUGGAAACUGAUCUGUGCUCUGCGUUUCUGCCAGCCCAGGAGGAAACUCCCCAGCUGCCGGCACCCAAGGACACAGCCCCUUCUCCAGCCCACAGCAGUGUGCAAGCUGAUGGGGCCAGUUGUGGAGAGCAAUAUCACUUCAUUUCUCCUAUUAUUGAUUUUAAUUUAAUGCAUCAGCAGAGAGAUAGCGAAGAGCCUGUGCCAGCCCACAGGGACUGGCAGAAUGACAUGGAGAGCAGCCCACAGGAGCAUCACUCCCUAGGGACCAGCCGGCUGCUGUAUCACAUCACAGAUGGAGACAAUCCUCUCUUGUCACCACGCUGCUCUAUCUUUAGCCAAAGCCAGAGAUUUAAUCUAGACACAGAGUCUGCCCCUUCUCCACCAAGUGCUCAACCUUUCAUGAUGCCAAGAAGUUCUUCCAGGUGUAGCUGUGAAGACUGCAAAGAACCACAGACAGUAACACAACUUACCAAGCAUCUUCAGAGCCUCAAGAGAAAAAUUAGGAAGUAUGAAGAAAAGUUUGAGCAAGAAAAAAAAUACCUGCCUUCUCAUGGUGACAAAACUUCCAAUCCUGAGGUUCUGAAGUGGAUGAAUGCUCUGGCCAAAGGUCGGAAGCAGCUCAAAGAGCUGAAACUCAGAAUGUCAGAAGAGCAAAACUGUACGUCCACAGUGUCCCAAAGAAAUGAGCAGUGUGAAGGCAGUGGCACCUCUAAAGAGGCUGGCACACAGGAGGCCACCAGCAUGGAACCAGCUCCCUCUGUGGAAGAAACCAUGGACAGUGUGUUGAGACGACUAAAGGAGAAAAGACAACACUUCAACCUUCCUGAGACUAUUAAGGAUAUGACAAAAAAGCAAAUGGCUUUGGAAAAAAUCAAUCUUCAGAAAUGUCUACUAUAUUUUGAGAGUAUUCAUGGACAACCUGUAACUAAGCAAGAAAAGAGUCUCAUGAAACCUCUUUACGACAGAUACAGAAUUAUCAAGAAACUUCUGGCUGCUCCAUCUUUGAUCACAACAAUUCAGGAGGAAGAAGACUCAGAUGAAGACCAUUCUCAAAGCAGCCAUGAGUUAUCAUCUGGCCCAAUGUCUUGCUUCCCUGUUGAAGAGCACCUGUGUUACUCACAGGAGGAGAGUGAGCCUGCACAUAUUUCACCUCUGGAUGAAAAGAAAGUUUACAGGCAAACAGCCUUGUCAAUGUCCAAUUUACAUGAGGCAACAAUGCCAGUUCUGCUCGAACAUCUCAGAGAAACAAGAGCUGAUAAGAAGAGACUUCGCAAGGCUCUCCGAGAGUUUGAGGAGCAGUUCUACAAACAGACAGGAAGGAGUCCUCAGAAAGAAGAUCGGGUACCUAUGGCUGAGGAAUACUCUGAAUACAAGCACACAAAAGCCAAAAUCAGGCUCCUGGAGGUUCUCAUCAGUAAGCAUGAUAUUUCCAAAACAAUUUGAAGUGAAUGCAAUGCUGUGAUACUGUUCUCUAGGGAAAAAAAUAUCCAAGCAAACAAACAAGUAAUGAAAAAGAGAAAGUAAUUUUACAGGUCUUGGUCUGCUGCACGAUUAUUUGACACACUGAGAUUUUUGAUGCACUUUACCAAUUAUAAUAGCUGUGAUGAGAGAGGACAGCAAUAUGCAAGAAUAUUAAGCACGGGUGAGUGGAAUAUAGUAUAUAUUUUUCCUUUUGAAAAAGCCUUGAAGUGCACUGUGAGAAUGUUAAGAAAUUAAAUGGAUGCUGAAGUAAUGUAGAUUCUCAGUUUGACCUGCUCUAAAAGUGUGAGGAAAUGUUCUGGAGGUUUUUAGUACAUCUUAGUACAUGCUAAAGUGCCACACGUUUGUUUCCAGAAUUAACAUGUGUUAUAAUUAAUUAGUAACGUUGGCUAUUAGGGUGCUGAUUCACUACAUUGAAAGAAAUGAAUUUGAGGGAGUGAAGGAAACACUUAGAACAUACUCUAGCUGUCAAGAAAGAGCUGCCAUUCAAUUCCAGGGGCUUCAAAGAAAGGUGCAUAGGAAGAACAGUGCCAGGGCUGGGAGCAGAGCAGUGAUGCUGCUUAUGCAGGAAAAGGCCAGAAAGAGACUGCCAGACAGAACUAGUGGUGUUACAGGAAUAAGAGAAAGUGCUUGGCAAAAUGGAACAGCUGCAGGUUGCUGAGAGAAGAUGGAGCAAAUGUACUGGCUGCUGUCCUUUUCACUAGUUCACAGGACAUGGCUCACAGAAUUUAGAAGUCAGUAAAUAGAUCAGCUACAUGCUAAUUUUGAUUUCUCUAUUAACCUUUGCACUUUGGUUUGCCUGACACUAUAACAUUUGCUUCUCUAACUACCAAAGCUCGUUUAAACGCAUGCACUUUGUAAAAUGUUGAAGUACUUGUGUUAUAAAUUGCCACAUAUAUAUAUAUAAAACAGGACUAGAUUACUGCAUUAUGCUAAGAUAUUUUGGAUAGAUAAAGUACAUGGUAUAUAAGUGAGUGUCACAGUUAUCUGAUGAGGACUGCUAGACUUCUUGUUUACUGAAAAUAAGGUUAGAAAAUGUUAUUUUUCCAUUGGAGUUAUGCAUCUUUCUUAACUUUCAGAGCACCACACUUUGUAAUACUAAGGAGAAUUGUCACUGUUUAUGGUAGGCCAUCGGUGUGAAAAGUGGGACUAGUAAUAGAAAGAUUAUCAGCAGGUUUUGUACUAGCAAUGAAAAGCAGGGAGUCUGGGAAAUUCCUACCCCAGACAGAAAGGAGGGAAGAAUUACUUAAAGAAAAAAUAAGGGACUGGAACCAGUUGAAUCAUGUUUAGUGUUUUGCUUUACCUGUCAUUUUGUAUUGACCACAUAGUAUAAGCAACCUGUUUUUUUAUCUUGGUAAGAAGAAGAAGAUUUUGAUUUUAUAAAGCCUAUUAUGUACCAACCAUGUUUGUAUUUAUCUAGUAUGUAAUGGCAUGAUUUGGAAGAUGUACACAUCUUCAAGUACUAGGGAGGAAAAAAUAUGAACACUAAAAAAAGGAAUUUUUUAUUUUUCAGCCGUUUGUUGUUUCAGUGUACUGAUUUAAUAAUUUAUAACUUAACUUUUAUGAAUCAGAAAUGGUCUUCAUAAAUCUGUUUUAAUUAAAGUCAUCUAGAGCAACAGGAACAGAUACAGAGCUAUUUGAAGUUUACAAACUACAUCUUUGAUAAGGGAAAAUGAUUUAAUGACAUGUAUACAAUUGAUAUUAAAAUGUAAUCUAUAUAUUCUAUAUGAUUGUAUAAUAUUUUAUACAACAGUACAAAUAAAAUAUUUUUCUAUUAUA